AGCCGAGCCCUUGUCGACAUCGAUCUAGCAAUUAAGCGCAAUCAUCAUAUGGAUAUCCACCUCGUAUAAUACCGACGCACAGUCUUGUGCGAUACAACGUAGUGCACCAUGUCUGCAGAGGCCAAGGGAACCGGGAACGAAUCGGAAGAGUUUAUACACCAUGUGGCGAUCGAGCUGUCUCGUCGGCUCAACACUGUGAAUCCCAACGACCUUUUGGCAAAGCGAGUCAUUGAUAUUGCUCGGCACAAUCAUUCCGGGGAAGCUUUCCACAAGGCCGCUUCGUCUUUCGGGAAAUUCGACAAGGACUUCUUGCUCUCCUUGCAUGCUGAGAUCCUAGCACAUCUUUCGGCGGUUUCUCACAGCUCGAAUGGCGAACAUCGAGCUGGAACAUCCAUGGAGAGGGGAAAUGCACACGUUGGUAACGAUACAGAGCAAUUGGAUGACGGGAUGACGCACGAGUCCGGGGAUGUACAGCCUGCAGCGUCUAGGCAACGAGGCGGUCUCAUCCGAACAAGUGACCACACAUUUAAAGCCCCUAACACUCAGCCUAGAGCUUCCUUGCUUGGCCUGGAUAGGCUGGCCGCGGAAAAGAGAGCCGCAUCUGCAUCAAGCUCUUCAACCGACCAACAAGCGAGCAAGCGACAACGCCUAGAUAAGGAUAGCGACGAGGUGACAGAUAGAAAUUCGGGCGGAGUGUUCAAAGUCCCGGCGUUACCCAUCAGGAAGGAUAACAUUCGUCAACGUGUCCCCGAAACCCCUACUCAUACCGGCGGACUACCGAGCGCUGCCAGGGAAGCUCUUGCAGCUCGCCUCAAGUCGAGAAACAUGCCUACCAACCUAGCCGUAGGAGGGACCUUGGCGCUGUCAGCGGAUACCAGGGAGAUGCGAGAUAACCGGCCGGGCGAUAAGGGGUUGGGGGAAUUCGCAAGGCGGGGAAAUCGAGGACUGAAUCGGGAAGAGCGGAAAUACGAUAGGGAUAGGGAUAGACGGGAUGAUCGUAAUGAUUAUCGAGGUGGACGUAGGGAUGAUCGAGACCGUCGAGACCCAGGUCGGCCGAAGGAUUGGAACGAUGCCCCUACGCCCCGAACCAACCGGACGGAUGUCCGAGACUUGGAUGGAGGCAGCAUGCGAGUCCCGAAUCGUGGCUGGGACGAAACUCCUCGAAUAGGAGGUCGAGGCGGAGCGACCCCUGGGCGCGGCCCAAAUCGAGCAUGGGACGCACCCACUCCGCGAAGAAAUGCAAGGGGUGGCGAUGCUUCGCCCGAUGGGGAUGGCAUGGAAUUUGAUGCCAAAGAAUGGGAAGAAGAGCAGGUUCGCCUCGAUCGAGAUUGGUAUAGCACGUAUGACGAAGGAGCUGUCGCAGGAGACGAGGAGCAUAACCCGUUUGCUGGAUACGAAGAUGUCACUCGAGAACAGGAGGCCCAGAUGCAAGCCAAGCAGGCCAAAAAGUUGACGGCUAAACAGGCUCAAUGGAACGCCGAUACAGACGCCUGGGAGAACAACCGAAUGAUGACAUCGGGUGUCAUGACGAAGGGCAUGGUCGAUCUGGACUUUGAGGACGAUUCCGGUUCUCGAGUGCAUGUCCUGGUACACGACAUCAAACCUCCCUUCCUUGACGGACGGGUUGCCUAUACCAGACAGCUGGACCCAAUUAGUCCGAUCAGAGAUCCGACAAGUGAUUUGGCUAUCUUCAGCAAAAAGGGGAGUGCUCUGGUCAGAGAGAAGCGGGAACAGCAAGAGCGAGCAAAGGCUGCUGCGAAAAUGGCCGCUGUCGGCGGGACGACGCUUGGUAACAUCAUGGGGGUGAAAGACGAACCGAAUCUUGGAGCUGAAGGGCAAAAGAACGAGGUUCUGGAGACCAACUACAAGGCGGACUCGCAAUUCGCUUCCCAUAUGAAGAAGACGGAAGGUAGUUCCAAUUUCGCUAGGACUAGGACUCUUAAAGAACAGCGAGAAUACCUACCGGCUUUUGCGGUGCGUGAAGAUCUGAUGAAGACUAUACGCGAAAAUCAAGUCACCAUCGUUGUCGGUGAGACGGGUUCCGGAAAGACCACUCAGCUGGCCCAAUUCCUGUACGAAGACGGGUACUGCAAUCAUGGCAUCAUCGGAUGUACACAACCUCGACGUGUGGCAGCGAUGUCCGUGGCUAAGCGAGUCAGCGAAGAGAUGGAAUGCGAACUGGGAUCCACCGUUGGUUAUGCCAUUCGUUUCGAAGAUGUCACAUCAAAGGCAACCAAGAUCAAAUACAUGACGGAUGGUGUUUUGCUUAGAGAGUCGCUGAAUGAAGGGGAUCUGGACCGAUAUACCGUCAUCAUCCUGGAUGAAGCGCACGAGCGAUCAUUGAGUACGGAUGUAUUGAUGGGUCUUCUCCGAAAGAUCCUGAUGCGCCGGAGAGAUCUCAAGUUGAUUGUAACUUCUGCUACUAUGAACGCAGAGAAGUUCUCCAACUUCUACGGGCACGCCCCUACUUUCACCAUUCCCGGUCGAACGUUCCCUGUUGAGACGUUCCACAGCAAAUCGCCCUGCGAGGACUACGUCGACAGCGCGAUUAAGCAGGUGCUACAAAUCCAUCUGUCGAGUCCUCAAGGUGACAUUCUGGUAUUCAUGACUGGUCAGGAAGAUAUCGAAGUGACCUGUUCGGUUAUCGAUGCUCGAGGACCCGGAACCUUUGGCGAUUCUCCCUAUCUACUCCCAGAUGCCUGCAGAUCUGCAAGCCAAGAUCUUUCAGCCUACACCCGACGGACGUCGAAAAGUUGUGGUCGCGACCAACAUCGCCGAAACGUCGCUGACAGUCGAUGGUAUUCUCUACGUCGUCGACUCUGGAUAUUCCAAACUCAAGAUGUAUAAUCCCCGAGUCGGUAUGGACGCACUCCAAAUCACGCCGAUCAGUCAAGCGAAUUGUGGUCAACGGACAGGGCGAGCAGGGCGGACAGGGCCUGGUUUCUGUUACCGAUUGUUCACACAGACCGCCUUUGAGAAUGAACUCUUCCCGAGCAACAUCCCGGAAAUCCAGCGAACGAAUCUGGCAAAC